UUGUCGUCACGUGUUCAGUGCUCAGUACUAUUUAAACAAUUUUUUCUACCAUUAGAGUUUUUUGAUGUGCGAAGUUUAGUUUUUUAGAUAAUUUCUGAAAACAUUUAAAAGGUUCGCGUGUUUGUUAGUUUUGUUAUACUUCGACAACAAUACCCGGGGCUUGACUAUGGCAAAUGCAGGACAGCCAAUUGUUUAUUUGACAUUUUCUAAUAAAAGUAAGAGACACGCACAUGAGAUUUUUAAAUUGUGUGAAGAAUUGGAGGAUUCUCUGUAUUUUUCUGUGAAAUGUGAUACAUUUAAUUAUAAUGCCCUCCAAAAUCCAGAACUGAUAAAUUUCAAUGGCUGGAGAGACCAGAUUUACGAAAAAGCUAGAUGGAUAUUCUUUCGUAUUUCGCCAGAAUAUAGCAACACUUUAAAAGCAGGAGAGGGCAACAUUCCAAUGGCUCAAAUAAAUGAACACGAUCAAGGCAUUAUCUAUAUUCAUAAUGUUGCAAAGGCGGAGUUUCGGCAAAAUAGCAUCAGAGACCAUCGAUUGAUACCGUUGCUGUUUACAAAAACUAAUGCCUCUGUUCAUGAUAUUCCACCCUUUUUACGAUCUUCGCCAUAUUUCUGGUUUCCAGAACAAAAAAAGGAUUUAUUUAAUUUUUUAAGAACCUAAGGUAUCCAUUUAAAGUAUCAAUUGAAAAGCAUUUUAUAACUUGGUGCGUUUUUGCAUUAUGACAGAAAUUUGAAGACAUACACGAGAAUUAAGUCCGUGUUUGUAUUUAACACUUUUUC